UUGUAAUUCCAGUAGAUGGCGCGUCCUAGUCGCCCCCCCCCCCUUCCCCCCCCGUGUGAUCUCUCGCGAGAGUUCGAGAGGAGGACGCGGCUGGGUUGGGUGAAGAGAAGGCGCGCGGGUGGUUUUGGGACAGUACAGCGCGAGACGCGAGCGGAGCGGCACGAGCUGCAGCACGGGGAGGAAAGCAUGGUGCUCUUAUACGUCCUGUUCGAGCAUGCGGCUGGAUACGCUCUCUUUGUAGUUAAGGAAGCUGAGGAGAUUGGCAUGCUCCUUCCUCAGGUGGAGGAGAGUGUUUUGAAUGUUGGCAAAUUCAACAACAUCGUGCAGCUGGUGGCUUUCUCGCCAUUCAAAUCUGCCCAGGCAGCCCUGGAGAACAUCAAUGCCAUCUCUGAAGGUGUUUUCCAUGCAGACUUGAAGCUGCUGCUGGAGACCAGCCUGCCCACUUCUGGUAAGAAGCGGAAGGUGGUUCUGGGCGUGGCGGAUGGCAGGAUCGGUGCAGCAGCGCAGGAGGAGCUGGGAGUGACCUGUCAGACCGGGGGGGUGGUGGCGGAGAUACUGAGAGGUAUCCGCCUGCACUUCCACGCCCUGGUGAAGGGGCUCACGGCUCAGUCUGCCUCCAAGGCCCAGCUGGGUUUGGGUCACAGCUACUCUCGCGCCAAAGUGAAGUUCAACGUCAACCGAAACGACAACAUGAUCAUCCAGUCCAUCGCCCUGCUGGACCAGCUGGACAAAGACAUCAACACCUUUGCCAUGAGAGUCAGAGAGUGGUACGGAUACCACUUCCCGGAGCUGAUCAAGAUCGCGAGUGAGAACUACACUUAUUGCCGCUUGGCGAAGCUAAUUGGGAACCGCAAGGAGCUGUCGGAGGAGAGCCUGGAAGGGCUGGAGGAGGUGGUCAUGGACAGCGCCAAGGCCCAGUCCAUUCUGGAGGCAUCUCGGAGCUCCAUGGGCAUGGACAUCUCCCCUAUUGACCUGAUCAACAUCGAGAGCUUCUCCACCCGGGUGAUCUCUCUGGCAGAGUAUCGGAAGGAGCUGCAGGAGUAUCUCCGAUCCAAGAUGAGCCAGGUGGCCCCCAACCUGGCCUCCCUCAUUGGGGAAGUGGUUGGUGCUCGGCUCAUCUCCCACGCAGGCAGCCUGACUAACCUGGCGAAGUACCCUGCGUCGACGGUGCAGAUCCUGGGUGCAGAGAAGGCCCUGUUCAGAGCCCUGAAGACCAAAGGAAAUACCCCCAAGUACGGCCUGAUCUUCCAUUCCACGUUCAUAGGCCGAGCUGCGGCCAAGAACAAAGGCCGCAUCUCCCGGUACCUGGCCAACAAGUGCUCAAUCGCCUCCAGGAUAGACUGCUUCUCAGAGGUGCCGACAUGCGUGUACGGGGAUAAGCUGCGUGACCAGGUGGAGGAGCGGCUGUCCUUCUACGAGACCGGGGAGGCGCCCCGCAAGAACAUCGAUGUAAUGAAGGAGGCAGUGGUGGAGGCAACAGAGGUGGCUACUGAGAUCAAGCGGAAGCUGGAAAAGAAGGAAAAGAAGAGGAGGAAGAAAGAGAAGAGAAAGCAGGAGGCUCUUGCCACUGGUGAGGGCGAGGAGGACGAGGAGCCAGAACUGAAGAAAGCAAAGAGCAAUGGCCAGGAGAGUGGAGCGAUCAAGGGGAAGAAGAAAAAGAAACAUGAGCAGGUGGAAGAGGAGUCUGCAGAGAACGGAGUGGAGGAGACAACGACCCCCCUGCCAAAGAAAAAGAAAAAGCGUCCGAGUGAAGCGGUAGCACUGGAGGAGGAGGAGGAGAUGCCUGCUGUGCUGGACACUCUGCAGACAGAGAAGAAGAAAAAAAAGAGAAAAGCCAAAGCAGAGGAGGAGGGAUAAACUCCCUGGCAUUGCAGUGCUUUGGGUCUUCUGGUUACUGUAUAGUUUUGCCUUUUAUUUUAUUAAUGGUAGCUUAAUUCUUGUUAAACCUCCCUUGUGGUCUUGCUUUUUAGGAGAGCGGAUUAGAGUUGCAAAGGUGUGAGCAACCAUCCUGCUUCCUUCUAUCCUUUUAAAAAUCCUUGCUGCAGAAAUAUAUAAUGGCUCACUUGGAACUGAGCUUGUAAUUAGCGGUGUGCUGACUCGGAAGACUGUAUAGCAAGCACUUUCGUGUCAUCUUGUGCCUUUUUAAUUUGUCCUUAUGCAUUAUUAAAUCAAUGAGUAUACAAGUGGUUUUUGUUUUUUUAUAUAAUAAAAAGCAAGACUUAAGGGCAAACAGGCCUUUUUUUUUUUUUACCUGAGCAAUUGCAUGCUGCGCAGAGUAUUCAUGAAAUGGAAUAAGCAAAUAAUGACUGUAAUGUCAAAUGUGACAUCCAUUCAUUUUGUUUGUGUUUUUUUUUUUUUAUAGCUUAUUAAACUAAUACAAAAGUAGAAAGAUGUGUGGUCUUUGCAACUUUGUAAUCCAGUAUAUAAAUCCUAUAUUAAACCUUUGACCUGGAAACAAAGAUCAUUUGACUUGCACUUUGAUGGUUGUUUCUUCAUUUCAGUGUAAGACAGCUUAUUUGUCUCUGUAUGGGGGACGGUAGCUGCUAUCCUAGUUGGAUUGUAUAGAAGUACAGUGCCAUGCACCACUAACAGGUAGCAUUGUAAAAUCAAAAUGCAUAGAGCAUAACUGCACAAGCAGUGUACACUUAAAGGUUGGUUUAUUUAGACCAGCUUAGGUUUUUAAAUAAAGAAAUUAAAUGCAUGCAACAUUUAUAUGUGACCAGGUGUUCUGUCCUGUAAGAUGCUUGUGUUUUAAUGUUGUCUACACCUGUUUGGAAGUUCUGUAAAUAAAAUAUUCUCAUGA